CAUUAUAUAAGCAUAUAAUGGAAUAAUUAGUUGAUCCAUAAAUACCCAUCCACUUCCAUAAUACAGCAGCAAAACUCAACCACCAAUGUCACAUUUCGCACUGAGAUGUCUCCGCACGCUCAAUCUAAGUGUUGCCAAAAACGUGAAAACCAUCAGACAAGUGCACCGCCGCGCAGUCGACCGAGCAAGACUAGUCAGCCCCCAAGCAACCAUCAGCAAGCAGCAACCAUCGCGAAACUUCUGGCUGCUGCUGACCACAGUAUUUGCUGCUUCACUGGAUGAACAAGAUGAACCCCCGGCAUCGUUUGCGACCACUUUUCAAUCAGAAAACGUGGUACCCAUUCAGAAAGUGUCAGACUUAGAAGCGAUGCUAGAUGACGCCGGCAACAAGUUGGUGGUCAUCUUCUGCAUGGUCCGCUGGUGUCCGUUCUGCAGGAGGAUUGCUCCUACAGUCGAGGAUAUUGCUGCUAAAGGAACGCAGAACUUAGUCAUGCUCAAGCUUGAUAUGGAUGACCAAGAAGCCGAAUCCUCCAGAAUCGUCGCUCGCUACAAUGCCUUCUACAUGCAGCAGAACCGCUACGCCGUCGGUCUGCCGACCUUCGUGUUCCUCAAAGACGGGGUAAAGCUGGAGCACUUCAGCAGCGCUGAUGAUGCAAGACUGAGGGGCGCCGUCAGGAAAUAUACUGCUUAAUGGACAUCCCAUAGAUAGACAAAGAAGUUUAACAAACAGCGACA